UUGGGGAGAUGCAGAGAAAGGAUCUCGCUUCUUUGCCAUCUAAGCGUUAAAGGGGCUGAACCAGGAUCCGAGAGCGGAGGGGAGGAAGGGAGGGGCCGUGUCCUCCGCAGGAAAUACACUCAAAUCCACCACCGCCACCCGCACCGAAGGCCCUUCCUGGUUUCGUUUUCUUCGUCCAGGCGCGGCAUCGGGGCCUCCUUUGGGGAAGUCAGAACCUCGGUAGAGCUGCUUCAUAUGGCAAUCUUGGCCCAGAUACAGAAGAGGGAAGAGUUUCUUUGCUAACCUUGGAGGCGUCCUUAGAGCACGGAUCAAAGAUGGCAGAGCAGGGCUCAGCUUUCCCUGAACCAAAAAUAGACCUCGGUGCCAUUAAGAUGGAGAGCAGUGGGGAAUUCUGGGAAACCACAGUACAGAAGCUCGAGGGUGAGGAUGUGGUCAGCUCAGACAUACAGUGCCAGCAUUUCAGGCAGUUCCGGUACCAGGAGGCUGAGGGUCCCCGAGAGGUUUGCAACCAACUCCACGAUCUUUCCUGUCGGUGGCUGAAGCCGGAACGACACACGAAAAACCAAAUCCUGGACCUGGUGCUCUUGGAGCAGUUCCUGAACAUCCUGCCAGUGGAGAUGGCGAGCUGGGUGAGGGAAUGCGGAGCGGAGACCAGUUCCCAGGCGGUGGCCCUGGCAGAAGGCUUCCUCCUGAGCCAAGCGGAGGACCAGAGGCAGCAAGAGCAGCAGCAGGAACAGAAUCUGUUUGCAGAAGUGAGGCCUGAUUGCCCUGCAGCAGAGAGGGAUUCUUCAGUCACCAGUCAGAGCUCCCCACGAAUGGGGAUCAAGCAGGAGGGUGAAGGUCGUGCUGCCUUGCAGGGGGCUGGAGUGUCGCCGACAAUCAAUCCACAGCCAUCUCUUCUUCUUUUUGAUGGAGGGGAACUGGAUCAGGCUCUGGUGACUUUUGAGGAGGUUGCUGUGUGGUUCACUGAGGAGGAGUGGGCACUGCUGGAUCCUGACCAGAGAGCCCUGCACAGCCAAAUCAUGGAGGAGAACCAUGCAAUCAUGGCCUCUCUUGAAGGUGAGAGUUGGGAAGCAGAAGAUAAGAGAAAACCAUAUGGGUCAUUGAAACAAGAGAAAUGUAAAAAUAACAAACAGGAGAGAAGGAAAAAUGAAGCACUUCAGAACAGGAGGAAUAAAUUCUUUGCUUCUCAUGGCAGUAGCUACCAUGAUAUCAGCAUCCAAGGAAAAAUACAUAAAAGACAGGAAAAAGAUAGCUUUGAUGUGCACAGUGAAACUUUCAAUUCUGAAUCAAACUUUAAAGCUCAUUUUAAAAUGCACAUGCUGAAGAAACCAUAUAAAUGCCUGGAGUGUGGAAAGAGCUACAGUCAGAAGAUACAUCUCACUUGGCAUCAAAGAUUUCAUACAAGGGAAAAACCAUAUCAUUGUUGGGAGUGUGGAAAGCGUUUCAGUAAGAAGAAAUAUCUAACUAACCAUCAAAGAACUCACACAAGGGAGAAACCAUAUCAUUGUUCAGAGUGUGGAAAGAGCUUCAGUCAGAAGAUUCAUCUGACUUGGCAUCAAAGAACGCACACAGGGGAAAAACCAUAUCAUUGUUUAGAGUGUGGAAAGAGCUUCAGUAAGAAGAAGUAUCUAACUAAUCAUCAAAGGACUCACACAGGCGAGAAACCAUAUCAUUGUUUAGAGUGUGGAAAGAGCUUCAGUCAGAAGAUAACUCUUACUUCUCAUCAAAGAACUCACACAGGAGAGAAACCAUAUCAUUGUUUGGAGUGUGGAAAGAGCUUCAGCCAGAAGAGAAAUCUUACUUCUCAUCAAAGAACUCACACAGGGGAAAAACCAUAUCAUUGUUCGGAGUGCGGAAAGAGCUUUAGUCGUACAAUAAUUCUCAUUUCUCAUCAAAGAACUCACACAGGGGAGAAACCAUAUCAUUGUCUGGAAUGUGGAAAGAGCUUUACUCAGAAGGCAUAUCUCACUUCUCAUCAAAGAACUCACACAGGGGAGAAACCAUAUCAUUGUAUAGAGUGUGGAAAGAGCUUCAGUCAUAAAAGAACUCUCACAUCCCAUCAAAGAUUUCACACAGGGGAAAAACCAUAUCAUUGUUCGGAGUGUGGAAAGAGCUUCAGUCAGAAGAUACAUCUGACUUGUCAUCGAAGAACUCACACAGGGGAGAAACCACAUCAUUGUUUGGAGUGCGGAAAGAGCUUCAGUCAGAAGACACAUCUAAGUAAUCAUCAAAGAACUCACACAGGAGAGAAACCACAUCAUUGUUCAGAGUGUGGAAAGAGCUUCAGUCAUAAAAUAGCUCUCACUCAUCAUCAAAGAUUUCACACAGGGGGGAAACCAUAUCAUUGUUUGGAGUGUGGAAAGAGCUUCAGUCUGAAGAAAUAUUUAGCUGAUCAUCAAAGAACUCACACAGGAGAGAAACCAUAUCAUUGUUUUGAGUGUGGAAAGAGCUUCAGUCAGAACAAAUAUCUAACUAAUCAUCAAAGAACUCACACAGAGGAGAAACCAUAUCAUUGUCUGGAGUGUGGAAAGAGCUUCAGCCAGAAGAAAUAUCUAACUAAUCAUCGAAGAACUCACACAGGAGAGAAACCUUAUCGUUGUUUGGAGUGUGGAAAGAGCUUCAGUCAAAAGACACAUCUCAUUUCUCAUCAAAGAACUCACAUAGUGGAGAAACCAUAUGACUGGAGUGUGGAAAGGGCUUUAGUCAUAAGUCAACUCACUUCUCAUCAAAGAACUGACACAGCAGAGAAAUAAUAUAAAUGCUUUAAUUGUAAAAAAACAAAAAACAAAAAAAAACCUUUACUUAAGGGAGUAACUGUAUAAACAUUUUGAAUGUGGUAAGAGUUGAUGCUAAGCCAACCAAGAAACAGGUGCUGAAGCGAAGACAUCAAAGAAACAUCAAUUAGCAAUCUUUUGUAUUAUCUCAGUACAUAUUGAAAAAUACGAAACACUGCCGAAAAUUAUUCCCAGAAUAUGGGGCAUGAUAGAUGUUUACAUGCAUUUCAUAUUUCUUUAAUAUUUUAUCCUUGUAAGAACGUUAAGAAGAAAAUUACAUAUUCUAAAACUGAAUAAACAUGUGCAAUUAGCA